UAUGAUCGUGAUUAAAAAUCAAACCACCAGAUUUUGACACGAUAUAAACACCGUAUAUCACCAUUUUUGUUUGGAGGUUAUAUAAUUUAUCAGGCUUUUCUUGUAGUUUUAUAUCAUAUUCAAAUAAGUUUUAUUAUAAUUCCGCUAUAACAUACUCGGUGAAACAAUUAGGAUUUUUCGAAAAACUUUAUUCUUUUACCACUAUUUUUAUAAAUAUACAUUCGAGAGGUUUCUUCGUCUCACAGAGAUGCUUUUGCAGUUCUUGUCAUUUGUCAGUGACGUAAAUACAUUCCUAACCUAAAAUUCCUACAGUUUCAAUUUUUAAUAUGAGCUCGCAAGAAGAUAAUUUGGAUUUUUUGCAUAAAGUAUACAAGAAUGAUCCAAUUUUAUUCAAUAGUUAUGUUGGAAAAGAGGUUAAAAUAACAACGAAAGAUGAGGAUAUUAUUGGUACUAUUUAUACAGUUGAUCCAGUGUCAGAAAGCUUUGUGCUCUUACAAUCAGAUACAACUAUGCAGCAUCGUUUAAAAAUAAUAUUCAACCAUGCCAUUAAGAAUAUCGAAGUAAUAUCGGAAACAAAAAAAAUCCUGCCAGAAUUAUUUCUACCUGAAAAACUUUCACAGGAAGUUGUUAAAAGAAAGGGUAUUGUUUUGCAAUUAUUAUUAGAUAAUCGAUUUCCGGUCAAAGAGGAGAAUGAUGUUCUAAUGAUUGAAGAUACUGUAUCGAUAGAACCUCCAUAUUAUCCCGAAAAUUGUACGUGUAGUAAUAGUAUUAUUCUUACUAAAAUACAAAAUAUUUUAACACGUGCAAAUACUCAAUAAAAUUAAUUGAACUGAUUAAAAUAAAAUUACGUUCCAAGAUACUUUGCCAAAUCUUUUAGAGAGGGUCAAAAUUACAGUAUUAUUAAUAUGAUUAGGUCAAUUCAGAAUAGAUUAAAUUAAUAUGUAAGUUAUCUUUGAAAAUAGCGCAUUUCAUAAAUUAAAUUUUGAUAAGUUA